AUGGUGAGAAGAGACUGGGUGACACGUGACUCUGUUAGACUACAAAGCCUGGUGUUAAAGAAAGUUUCAGUGUUGAGUUUGGAAAGGGUAGCCCCAGAUGAUCUCAGAAAGGGGCAGAAGAAGACUGUGAUGGCUCACCAGUCCUCCUCUUGGAUCUUUAUCAAUGAAAGGACAUUCAUUACUGGGGAACAACUUAAUUCUUUACUGAAGACCUAUAACAUCUUUUAUAGGAACCAGAAAAAUCUGCAUAUUUUAUAUGGCCAGACUGAAGAUGGUAACCUAAUUGUUGAAGGAAUGUUGGACAUUUUCUGGGGAGUAAAACGGCCUAUCCAACUGAAAAUACAAGAUGAGAAACAAAUCCCUUCUUUCGGUGUGCUGGAGUCACCAGAAGCUUUUUCCAAAAGGGGAAUGACACGCUGGGGAGAAUUUGAUGAUCUUUAUCGCAUUAGUGACUUGGACAGGGAUCAGAUUCCAGUGUCUGGAGGAACAGGUUCCCAGGAAGACUAUUUAUCUUAUCACAGUAGCACUCUGAAGCCUCAUGCAAACAAAGAGCCUGAAUCCCCAUUCCUCUACAGAACUAUGAGUGAAGCAACCCUGGUGAGGAAAAGGAUGAAGCCUCCGAUGAUGGACAGAAAAGACAGACAGAAGCAUAGGGCCUCUAUUAAUGGACACUUUUAUAACCAUGAAACGUCAAUUUUCACUCCAGCUUUUGGAUCAGAAACUAAGGUCAGAGUAAAUAGUAAUAUGAGAACUGAAGAAGUAAUAAAGCAAAUUCUCCAAAAAUUUAAGAUUGAAAAUAGUGCCCAGGAUUUUGCACUUUACAUUAUUUUUGCAACAGGAGAGCAGAAACGGCUAAAUAAGACAGACAUUCCGCUGCUGCAUAGACUCCUACAGGGACCGUCCAAAACGAAUGCUCGCAUUUUCCUCAUGGAUAAAGAUGCAGAAGAAAUUAGCAGUGAUGUGGCUCAGUAUAUUAACUUUCAUUUUUCUCUCCUGGAAUCCAUCCUUCAAAGAUUAAAUGAAGAAGAGAAAAGAGAGAUUCAAAGAACAAUAGCAAAAUUCAGUACAGAAAAGGCAAUCAUAUUGAAAUAUCUUCGAAAUAAACGGGUAAUAAAAACAGAGACAACAGUUUAG